GGAACGUGCUGGUUCCCCACGCCGCCCGCGAUGCUGAAGCCCAGACCUGGACCCGACCGGAACCAGAACCGGUACCGGAGGAGAGCGGAACCGACCAGAACCAGGUACAGACAAACAGGUUCUAGAUCUGGAUAAUCUGAUGGAAUCUGGAGCUGAUCUAAGAUCAGGUGAAGUGAAACCUCUGAGCUCAGAGACAACAGGAAGUGAAAACUCUCCACCCUGAGGCGUGAAAACCCCCUGACAGGAAGUGAUGUCGCCCUGCGCUCUCUCUCACCUUCAUCCAGACGACAUGAAGUCUUCCUCCGGCCGCCUGCUGCUGGGUGUCUCUGUGCUGCUGCUGUGUGGAGCGUCUGCGCCUCCAGUGUUUCUAUCCGUCAGUCCAAACCUGCAGCAGUUCUUCACUGGGGAUUCCUCCGUGUCUCUGAACUGUCUGCAUGACGGACGGACAGCAGAGGGAUGGACGGUGAGGGGCACCGGACCGGCUGGGGACUGUGGACCGCCUGGUUCUGGUUCCGGUCCGUCCUGCGUCCUCAGCCUCUCUGGACCUUCAGCUGGACGGUUCUGGUGUGAAGCGUCUUCUGGACAGAGGAGUGACAACGUCAGCAUCACGGUGCUGGGUAAAGGUCUCGUCCUGGAGAUCCCUGCCCUUCCUGUCAGAGCAGGAUGUGAUGUCACGCUGCGCUGCAGGCGCAGUAAUGGUGACAUCACUGCGGCGUUCUUCUUCGUGGGUCAGCGCCGGCUGGGAUCCGGACCGGAGCUGGUUCUCCAGCCGGUCCGCCGGGCUGAUGAAGGCUCUUAUUGGUGCUCUACGGACCGGUUUGGGAGGUCUCCUCUCAGCUUCCUGAGGGUCACAGAUCCUCCUCUUCCUCACACUCCUCCUCCUCUGGUAUCGGGUCCAACCCGUCCUACAGGUUCUCCUCCUCCUCCUUCAUCGUCUCCUCUUCCUCAGACUUGUGUCUCGGUUCCUCGCCUGCUCUGCCACCUGCUGGUCAUCUGUCCGUACUGCGCCUGCAGCGUCCUGCUGCUGCUCAGGUGCUGCAGCAGGAAGUCAGGUGAAGCUCCGCCCACAGGAUCCCCACCCACCGUCGCCAUGGAGACCACACAGCCUGCAGAGCCGGACUGCGUGACCACGGAGCACGACUUCUGAAGAUGGACCCUCCAGAACCACCGACCAGGUCCUGGUACCAGUCAGAACCGGACCUGGUACCAAACAUCUGGACCUGGUACCAGCUAGUUUUAAUGCUAGCUUUAACUUUAGUUCUUGUUUAAAUAUCAGAUUGUUUUGAGUCAGUUUGUUAAAUUUAAACUCAGUUUAAUUAAUAUAUAAUUUAAUCAAUAGAAAGUUUUUCUUAGAUAAAAUGAUCAUGUCUGAUUAAAAUUAGUUUAAUUAGUAGUUUUUAUAUUUGAUCACAUUAUUAAUAAUAUAUAAAUCAUAAAUUUAUCUGAAAAUGUUUUAGUUCUUUAUAAAUCAAAGGAGAUAAAAACUAAUCAGAAAAUAUUGAGUGUAAAAAAUGUUUUGGUAUUAAAAUAUGUUCAUGUUUUAUCAGAGUUUGAAGAUUUUACAUGAAACUUGAGUUAAUUUUUAUAAUCCAAUCUGCUGUUUGAUGCCAGAGGUCAGAGGUCAGCAGAGCUCUGUGUCUCAGGAACCAGUUUGAACCAGU